GUUUUCCCCCAUUUUUCAUAUCAAACCGUUUUUUUUUAAUCAUGAAUAUUACAUCACAUAGUAUGAAUUCAACUGAAUUCAUUAAAUCAUCGUCAUCUACAUUAAUUACAGUAACCAAUAAUCUACAAAAUACAAUUACAGUACAUAAUGUAUUUAAUAUAACAUCAUGUAUUAUUAUAAUAUUUAUGUUUAUUAUUAUUGUAUUAUUUUCUAUAAUUGGUAAUAUAUUAGUAAUGUGGAUUAUAUUAAAUAAUCGUAGAAUGCGUACAGUAACUAAUUGUUUUUUAUUUAAUUUAUCAGCAGCUGAUUUAUUAACUAUAUUUCAAAUUAUACCAAAUGUAUAUUAUGUAUUAAAAAAUGAUUGGAUAUUUGGUAUUGCUUAUUGUAAAUUUUCACAAUUUUUUACAUCAUUUAAUAUAGCUAUAAGUGUGUUUACAUUUAUAGCAAUAUCAUCAGAUAGAUAUACUGCAAUCAUGUUUCCUCUUCGUCCACGUUCGAAACUAAAAACGGUUAUUUGUGCAAUUGCAGCUAUUUGGUUAAUUUCGUUUGCAAUCGGAUUGCCUGGUUUAAUUGUAGCUACAGUUUUUCCAAAAAACUCAUCAAACUUACAAAAUGUAGUUAAUACCACAGAUUUGCUUGUUGUGGUGAAUCAGAUCACGGUUGACUCACCUGAUCAAUAUGUUUCAAAUGAUUGUAUUCUUAACUGGUCAUCAGAAUGGUCUGAAGCGUAUGAUUAUACACUUUUUGUGUUAAUGUAUGUUCUUCCUCUUAUCAUACUUGCUGCAACUUAUAUUCCAAUAUCAAUUCAUUUAUGGUUUCAUAGAGGACUUGGUGAAGUUACUAGGGCACAAGCACAAAAUGUUCAGUCAAAAAGACGAGCAGUGAAAAUGUUAUGUGCAGUUAUGCUGAUAUUUGCAAUUUGUUGGCUUCCAUAUCAAUUAUUUUUUAUUCUGUUACAAUUAAGUCCAACAAUUAAAAGUAGUCAUAGUUUACCGAUUGUAUUUAUAUGUUGUUAUUGGUUAGCAAUGAGUAAUUCAAUGUAUAAUCCAAUUAUAUAUAUUCUAAUGAAUAAAAAGUUUCGUAAAGGAUUUUACACAGCAUUCUCAUGUUUUCCAUAUUGUCGUGAAUACAUUAAAAAAGACAAGAAGAUUAAAACAAAUGCAACAUCAGUUCAUACAUUACAAGUUUGAAUGUGAAAUAUCCUUGUUGGUUAUUCAGUUGAGUAUUCCAUCUUAUCAUAAUUACAUAUCAUGAUGAUGUAAUAAUCGACCAAACUGGAUUAUGCUUUGAAUAUUUCAAUACAUGUUAUGUUAUGGUGAGAUAAAAUAAUGGAUGUCUGAUUUCUGUUGAGAAUUAUGAGAAGUAAUGAAGAAAGACAAGUUCAUUUUCAAUUAUGCAUAAACUAAGACAAAUUGAAGUAUAUUGCACAGUUAAACCAAUUAUUUAAAAUGUGCUUUUACGCGUCUAUUUCUCUCUGUUAUUAUAUAUACAUAUUUGACUUUAAAAAAGUCUUUUAUCAAAUUUAAUAUUAAAUUGAACUUGGAGAUUACUAACAAUAUUUUAAGUAGGAAUGAAACAUUCCAACAUAAAUAGAUCAUGUCAUGAGUGUCAAGUCCGUCUUAGUGCUGAUCGAAAGCCAUCGAUCAAGUUGCAAUGUGGCUACUAGUCUAGGUGGCUAGACAUUGCGUGCACUAUCUUGAGAUAAGAUGGUGGUUGGAGGUGGUCAACAGAAAACCCUGGACACGGGUUUCGUGCCACUUGGCACUCGUCAGCAAGGUGUACCUGUAAUCUUGAGGGAACUGGUGCUCCCUGACGGAUUCGAUCCCAUGUCACUCAGCUUCACAGUCAGAGACGUCUCAGUCCUGCAGGAGGUCGGUGACGGCCCGAAUAGCUCAGUAGUAACGUGAACAAUUAAAUCAGAGGUGAUGAACUGAUAAUUGCAGAAGGAACAGUCAAGAUUG